CCAACUGAGAAGUCCCUGAGGGCUUGAUGCCAGCCUUUUAAACGCAAGCCGUGUCCCUGGAAAGCACCUCUCCGCCAUACAUAGCUCUGCCCCGACGCCCAAAGCCUCGCGCACCAGGAUCCAUGGUUCUCAUCCACGUCGGAGAGCUACAGUCCUGCCUCGACGUCCUUGCCCAGCUAAGAGUCUCCUCGGCGGGAUCCUGCUCCGGACACGAAGCACCGCCCCCGUAUAGCCCCGCCCAUCUCCCCACUCAACUUCUUCUCUCCUUACCUUUUGACCCCUACCCCACCCUGCAUCCUUACGACCGCAACCCCGAAGUAGUCCCACACUGCAUCCUUUAGAUGCAGGGUGCAGCCCCAGUCCUCCAGCCAGCAUGCCUGCGGCCCCGCCCCUCGCCGGUAGCCACACCCCCUGACCAGCCCCGCCCCCGAGGCUCCACCCCCAGCGGCCGGGGGUAGGGUGGCGGCUGGCCCAGCCGGGCCCCCGCUGCCCUCUGCCCUAGGCGCUCGGUCGGAGCGGGCCGGGCACUGCGGGGCUAGGCGAGCUCGGCGGCCCGGGGGCUCGGAGGCGAAGAUGGCGUCAGGCAGGCGCUCCCCGCGCACCGGGCUGCUGGAACUGCGCGCCGGGGCUGGCUCGGGGGCUGGCGCCGAGAGGUGGCAGCGGGUGCUGCUCAGUCUGGCGGAGGACGCGCUGACCGUGAGCCCCGCCGACGGCGAGGUCGGCCCGGAGCCCGGCGCCCCGCGGGAGCCGGAGCCCGCGCAGCUCAACGGCGCCGCCGAGCCCGGCGCGGCGCCCCCGCAACUGCCCGAGGCGCUGCUGCUCCAGCGGCGCCGCGUGACGGUGCGCAAGGCCGACGCCGGCGGGCUGGGCAUCAGCAUCAAAGGGGGCCGAGAGAACAAGAUGCCUAUUCUCAUUUCCAAGAUCUUCAAGGGCCUGGCAGCCGACCAGACUGAGGCCCUCUUCGUGGGGGAUGCCAUCUUGUCUGUAAAUGGGGAGGAUCUCUCCUCUGCUACCCAUGAUGAGGCGGUGCAGGUCCUGAAGAAGACGGGCAAAGAGGUGGUGCUGGAGGUCAAGUACAUGAAAGAGGUCUCACCGUAUUUCAAGAACUCUGCCGGCGGGACUUCGGUUGGCUGGGACUCGCCUCCUGCUUCACCCCUUCAGCGACAGCUGUCUUCCCCUGGCCCCCCACCCCGGGACAUCAGUGAUGCCAAACACAUAUCCUUGAAGAUGGCAUAUGUCUCGAGGAGGUGCACCCCCACUGACCCGGAGCCCAGGUAUUUGGAGAUCUGUUCAGCAGAUGGCCAAGACACCCUCUUCCUGAGGGCCAAGGAUGAGGCUAGCGCAAAGUCGUGGGCAGCUGCCAUCCAGGCCCAAGUCAACGCUCUGAUGCCUUGGGUCAAGGACGAGCUGCAGGCACUGCUGGCAGCCACCAGCACAGCUGGGAGCCAGGACAUCAAGCAGAUCGGCUGGCUGACUGAGCAGCUGCCCGGUGGGGGCACGGCACCUACCCUGGCCUUGCUGACCGAGAAGGAGCUGCUUCUCUACUGCCAUCUACCCCAGACCCGGGAGGCUCUGAGCCAGCCAGCCCGUACUGCCCCACUCAUUGCCACCAGGCUGGUGCACUCAGGCCCCUCCAAGGGUUCGGUGCCCUAUGAUGCAGAGCUCUCUUUUGCCUUGCGCACGGGCACACGUCACGGUGUGGACACUCACCUGUUCAGCGUGGAGUCACCACAGGAGCUGGCUGCCUGGACCCGCCAACUGGUGGAUGGCUGUCACCGGGCUGCCGAGGGUGUGCAGGAGGUGUCUACAGCCUGCACGUGGAAUGGCCGUCCCUGUACCCUCUCUGUGCACAUCGACAAGGGCUUCACGCUGUGGGCGGCUGAGCCCGGUGCGGCCCGAGCUGUGCUGCUCCGGCAGCCCUUUGAGAAGCUGCAGAUGUCCUCAGAUGAUGGUGCCAGCCUCCUUUUCCUGGACUUCGGGGGUGCUGAAGGAGAGAUUCAGCUGGACCUGCAUUCGUGCCCCAAAACCAUGGUCUUCAUCAUCCACUCCUUCCUCUCGGCAAAAGUCACCCGCCUGGGGCUUUUGGCCUAGAGAUCACCGGAUGCACUAGCCCUGAAGAGAGGGUAUCUACCACAUGGCCUGACCUGGCCCUCCGCUGACUGCCUGCUCACCACUGGGCUGAGGGAAGGGAGAGGAAAGGAACAAGAGUGCAGAGUCCCAGCUUCUAAGGGAGGCUGGGAUAGUCUUGGGACUGGGACCCAGACUCAGGACACAGUGGAUCCUGCCUGUGAUGGGGUAGCCUCCCAGGUGCCCCAUCAUCCCCACACCAGUGCCUUUUGCAGAGAGAUAUUUUGUGUACACAAAAGCCAUUCCGAGCCUGGGACCUGCCCCUGUGGGGAUCCUGACCCCAGACAACAACUGCCAGGCCUCCUAGAGGCCCCUAAGCCACCCUCAGAGGCCUCAUCUGAAGGGAGUUCCCUGGGGUCCAUGGCAAGAGAAAGAGGAGGAACCUUUCUGUUCAUUUCUCCCCUCAGCUCCACCACCUUGGGGCAUCUGGUUUUUCUCUUCAUCCUCUCUCCUCCUUACUCUUGGAUAAAUAAACAGCCUGUGAGUACA